GCAUGACCUCUGAAGACUGAAGUCUCUGCCUUUUCUUUCAGUCUCUGGUUUCUUUUGAAGAGGUGGCCAUGUCUUUCACAGAGGAAGAAUGGGCCCUGCUAGUUCCAGACCAAAGAUCUCUUUAUGAAGACGUCAUGCUGGAGAACUAUAAGAGCGUAGCUUCUCUGGCAGGGGAUGAACAGUGGAAUGAGGGUGAUGAGACAGUGCUAAAUAAAGUACAGAACAAAGAUUUGGAAGGAAUCUUCAGGAAUCGAGAUGGGCCUAAUAAGUGGAAAGGAAGUCACAUGGCUGAAAAUAGGGAUAAACCUAUUUCAUGCCAAGGGCAGGAUUUCAAUGAACUAAUCCAAAUAGCAGAGGAAGCAUGUAAGUGCUUGGAAUGUGGGAUGACCUUCUCAGAUCAAAGCCGAUAUGAGAUUUAUCUGCAAAUGCACACUGGAAAGAAGACCCAUCAGUGCUUGGAGUUUGGAAAGAAUUUUGUCCACAGAACAGAGAUACCUCGCCAUCAAAGAACAUAUAAAGGCGAGAAACCUUAUAGCUGCACAGACUGUGACAGGAGCUUCUCACAAAAAUCAGAUCUUUUUCAAAACCAUUGUCAGAUUCAAUCAGGAGAGAAUCCAUUAAUCCGCAUAGAGAGUGGAAAGGCCUUCUUUGAUAUAAGAAAGGGUAAUGUACAUCUUCCAAAGCACAGUAUAAUAAGGGCACAUAAAUGUUUUUGGUGUGGAAAGUUCUUAAGCUGCAGAUCAAAGCUCCUGUUGCACCAAAGAACUCACACAAAGGAGAGACCUUUUGAAUGCUCAGAGUGUGGAAAGAGAUUCAGUCAGAGUGGCCAUCUUCAACGACAUCAAAGAACACACACAAAGGAGAGACUUUUUGAAUGCUCAGAGUGUGGAAAGAGAUUCAGUCUGAAUAACACUCUUCAAAGGCAUCAAAGAACACACACAAAGGAGAGACCUUUUGAAUGUAUAGAGUGUGGAAAGAGAUUCAGUCAGAGUGGCCAUCUUCACACACAUCAAAGAACUCAUUCAAAUGAGAGACAUGUUGAAUGCUCAGAGUGUGGAAAAAGAUUCAGUCAGAGUGGCCAUCUUCAAAGGCAUCAAAGGACUCACACCGAGAGACCUUUUGAAUGCACAGAGUGUGGAAAGAGAUUCAUUGACAUUAGCAGUCUUCAAAAGCAUCAAAGAACUCACACAAAGGAGAGACCUUUUGAAUGCUCAGUGUGUGGAAAGAGAUUCAAUCUGAAUUGCACUCUUCAAAGGCAUCUAAGAACACACACAAAGGAGAAACCUUAUGAAUGCUCAGAGUGUGGAAAGAGAUUCAGUCAGAGUGCCCAUCUUCAAACACAUCAAAGAACUCACACAAAGGAGAGACCUUUUGAAUGCUUAGAGUGUGGAAAGAGAUUCAGUCAUAGUAGCUCUCUUCAAAAUCAUCAAAGAAUUCACACGGGGAGACCUUUUGAAUACUCAGUGUGGAAAGAGAUUCAGUCAUAUGUCCAUCCAGACAUUCCUUCAACCCACCCUGCAAAUCUCAGUCCCUUGAAAUGCAGGGAAGGCCCUGGAUACUUGCCCCCGCCCACGUGCCUCUCAGGGAUAAGGCCCCUGCAGAAAGAGGCAGGAAACGGACCCACCUGCUUCAAGGGGGAAGUCGUGACAAAAGAAGGAGGUGGGAUGGCAACUGUGGACCGCUCAUUUCACAAUAUGCUUGCUUGUGAGUUGCCUGAGGGGAUUAAAAUGGAAGAGGUGGGUCUCGUGAGUGAGGAAGAAAUGGAAAGAUGGGAGGAGGCCACAAGUUUUGACCAGGCUGGGACUGCUGAAGAGAGAGCGCCGCCACUAAUUAAACAGGAACCAGAGGAAAGGUUGGCUCAGCUCUGGGAAACCCAAUGGCAGGAAUUUCUGAAGACUCUACAGCCCCAUCAUGCAGAAAGAGAUGACCCACGGGUGCCAUGGGAUAAUAAGAUUUCCGACGAGUUAUCCUUCGUCGCCUUGAAGAAAGACAGUGACACUGGCCUGCCUCAUCAAGUGGAGGGGGCAACCCAGAUCUCUCCAGUCCAUGAGAGCAUCUUGGAUGCUGAACAUGGCAAGAAAUUGAAGGGUGGCCUGCAGGGUGACGAGAAUGUCAGCGUAGAGAUCCAGCGCAAGCGGUUCAGGCAUUUCUGCUACCGAGAGACUGAGGGGCCUCGAGAGGUCUGCAGCCGACUCCGGGAGCUCUGUCACUGCUGGCUGAGGCCUGAAAGAUGCACCAAGGAGCAGAUCUUGGAGUUGCUGAUCCUGGAGCAGUUCCUGACCAUCUUGCCUCAGGAAAUUCAGAGCUGGGUCAGGGAAGGUGGGCCAGAGACAUGUGGUCAGGCGGUGGCCUUGGCAGAAGAUUUCCUACUGAGUCGGGAGAAGGAUUGGGAAGAACAGGUACUUCUUGGGUUACCUGAGAAGGAGCAGUGGGAAACUGCCAUGGAUCCACCGUCCUCUUCAGUCAUUGAACCAGGUCAGCUCUGUCGAGGAGUGAAAGAGGAAGGGAAUGAGGAGGAUUCCAGCCUGUCCAUCAGUGGAACAACACCCCUGAGACUAGAUUCUGUUUCAUCUCCUCUCUGCACUGCUCUGGAUCCAGCUCAGGGCCAGGUGAGUUUUGAAGAGGUGGCCGUUUGUUUCUUUGAGGAGGAAUGGGCCCUGCUGGAUCAGAGCCAGAGAGCUCUGUACAGGGAAGUCAUGAUGGAGAACUACAAAGAUGUGGCUGCUCUGGGACUUUGGAUUCCCAAACCAGAUCUUGUCUCUUGGCUGGAAGGAGGAGAAGAUGCCUUUAUCCAUGAUUACAAGGAAACAGAAAAAAUUGCAGAUGAUACAACUAUGAGUGAUAUCAAAGAGGAGGAUCUGAAACUAGAAAUAUUUAGGUCAGAAGAAUCAUCGGUGAUUUUCCCUGGAAGAUUUCAAGAAGAUGUUUCCUUGCCAGCUCUGCAGCACUGUGAGAGUGAGUGGCCCAUUCUGCAGAGGGACCUCAGUGGUGAUGGGACAGCCAGUGAGAAUGAGGAGGGGAUGACUCACCAGGACUGUUCUGAGUCAGCAGGAUCACUGGGGAUGUUCUUGGGAGGAUCCCAAGGGGAAGUUUCGGUGAAGGCAGAGCCUUGUGAUCACAGAUAUGAGUCCGACAGGCAGCAGUGGCACCAAGCUGCAAAGAUGUGGGGCAUAUCUAUCCAGAAAGUGGAAAACAUCACAGCGGAUCACCUGACCAUCGUUCCCUCUGGGGAGGAAAGCCACAUGUGCCGCAAAUGCGGGCAGACGUUUGAACACCAGUCGGGACUUAUCGUACACCAAAUGAUACAUACGGCAGAGAGGCCCUACGAGUGUCUUGAGUGCGGGAAGAGCUUCUGCCAGAGGGAGAACCUGCUUGCACACCAGAGAAUCCACCUGGGGGUAAGGCCCUAUGAAUGCCUCCAGUGCGGGAAACACUUCAGCACUAGGUCCCAUCUCAUUACCCACCAAAGAAUCCACACAGGUGAGAAGCCCUAUUCAUGCCUUCACUGUGCAAAAACCUUCAGCAACAAGUCAUCCCUUGUCACCCACCAGAGAAUCCAUACAGGAGAGAAGCCUUACGAAUGCCCUGAGUGUGGGAAAAGUUUUUGUCAGAGUGGCCAGCUGAUCAGGCACCAAAGAAUCCACACAGGGGAGAAGCCCUAUGCCUGCCCACAGUGUGGGAAAAGUUUCUGCCAGAGAGGACAGCUGAUCAGGCACCAGAGAAUGCACACAGGGGAGAAACCUUAUGAAUGCCUCCAGUGCGGGAAGAACUUCAGCAGGAAGUCAUACCUUGACAUUCAUCUCCGUAUGCACACAGGGGAGAAGCCAUAUGGGUGCCUGGAGUGUGGGAAAAAUUUCUGCCAGAGUGCCCAAUUGAUCCGGCAUCAAAGAAUCCACACAGGGGAAAAGCCUUUCGAGUGCUCUGAGUGUGGGAAAAGCUUCUUCCAGAAAGAAAAGCUGGUAAGGCAUCUGAGGACCCAUGUGGAAUCAAAGCCAUAUGAAUGCUCUUUGUGUCAAAAAACCUUCAUAAGGCAAGAUAAACUCUUCAAUCAUCAGAAAACUCAUAUGGAAUUCGAAACAUUAUAAGUUUUUUUUUUAAUCUUGCAAGUGUGGCAAAAUGGGUCUUAUUUUAGGUAGAAAAUCCUUGCUGUGGCUGCAGCCCUUUCCAAAUAUAAGAAAAUGAUACAUUAAUGCAGUUUACGAAUUGGAUUACAAAGUCUAGGAAGGGAAGGAAAAAAGGUGCUGUGGGAAAAUACAUUUUAUUUAUAGUUAUUUAUCCCUGUAUGUUUGUCACUCUGCUAUAUCAGGGGAAUCUGUAAAGUAGCUGUCCCUCUGUUUUCUUGCCAUAAUAUAAUGGACAGGUGCCUCCAGACAUUCAUAAACAGGACAGAAAGGCAACAGCUAUCACUGUUGAUUGUUUGGAGAAUUAUUCUUCUACAUCUCAGAUUUCACCUGUUUGAUAAUCUACAUGGAUGAGGAGAUCUUUAUUGUCUAAAUCAACGUACAGAAGCAUCUCACAAAACAUUCUUGAAACAGCUCAAAUAGUGGUGAACGUGAUAUUCAAAGAUUUUAAUGCAGGAAACCCAUUUCAAGUUGGAUAUAUAAACUAGAGAUCUCUUUUCAGUCUUGAGUUUGUGGGUCUCUAUCAGCACCACUCCUGUAUAUAUUAACCCAUUCCAGUGCAAUAUUUGUGCCAGCUUUCAGACAUGGGAAUGACUCCCUAGGUGGCCACUGUGUCUCUCUAAGUGGUAAUCAGUGCUGUAACGAAACUUCAUUUGGUCAGAAAGAUGUAAAUGGAUAAGACUUUACAAGGAAAAGGUUUGUUAACUGACAUUUAGAAUGUGCCAUUUGGUGGUCUCGUGGUUGCUAGCCCCACCUCCUCUUCUACUUCUGGUGCCAAUUCCACUUCUGCCACCAUCUCCUCUUCUUCUGCUGUCAUCAUCAACCCCAUUCUUUUGUGGCUGCGCCUCCAAACAGUGACGGCCCCAGUGCUUUCAGAACCACUUGGCAGUUUGGAGAAUAAACUCAGGAGUCGGACAGAUCCAGGGCAAAUAAUUUUGGCAAAUAAUUCAAAUCAGUUUAAAGUUGCAGCUUUUGACUCAGCAUUCAAUUGGUGGAGGAAAAGGGUCUGUCUGGAAUGCUCACUCAUUUCAGGUACAACUGUCCUUUUAGGCCUAAAGUCGAGCAAGAGGACUGGGUGGUGAUUGCCUGCUUAACACAAGGGUAUUGAGAAAACUGUAACCAGUUGUAAUGGCAGCCUGCCAUGAGGAUUGCAGAAAAAUCAGCUUGGGAUCCUUACCUACAUUUUUCCGUAAUGUUUACCAUAAUUUCUGGACACUGGAAAUAGCAGAGAAUUGUAAGAUUCCCCAUCACUGUGUCCCCUCAAUGCCUCACCUGGAAUCCUGACCACACACAGCUGGUAUCACAACUAUCAUGCAUGAACUUGCCAAUCAGAAUGACAGCAGUUCUUCAGGUUGAGGUCUGUCCUACCACCUACUGCCUGACCCUUUCUGUUGGAAAUGAUUGACCCUGAGAUCUUCUGUGUGCCAAGGAGAUGCUCUACCACUGAACGAUGGUCCUCCCAUGAGCUCCUCCUCCCGAUGUCUGGAUGUAAAGACCCUUUUGAAUCCCGUGGAGAGCAUGUGGCUGACCCUGCCACACACACACACACACACCCUUUUCAAACUCUGCCUGUGUUACAGAACGCACAGAAGAUAGGUCUGUAAGAUUGCGUCCUGCCAUUUCCUCAUACUGCAGCACUCUACAGACAACAAGUCAAAAAUGUCACCCAAGACACUUAUUUCUGUCUUGCUUUUCUCCCCAGUUUGGACUCAAAGCAGCUUAGAACAUUGUUCACUCUUCCUUUGUUCUCUCUCAAUAACAACCCUAUAUGGUAGGCCAGGUUGAGAGGUGGCGAUGGUUCCAGGGUCACCUAGUGAGCGUCCAUGGUAAAAGUGGGAAUUUGUGGGGAAUUUGCUCACAAUCCUACUCAGCUACUGGAAUCAACACACCACGCUGGCUCUCUUUUUUUCCUGUACCACAAACUGAGUUGCAUCAGGUUGGCCAAAAGGUUCCAGAUGUCAAGCAGUACUUUAGACAAGCCAUAAAAGUAUCCCUUUGGUUAGCCUCAUGCCAUAGGUUAUUGCCAAUAUCAUAGCCCAGGAUAGAAGUAGAAUACUUAAAGAUACUCUGUGCCAUCACCUGCUCAGGCUGCAGGUCAGUCUGGAAAAAAAAAAGAAAGAAGAUAUUCCACAGAUCAUAAAAAAGUUUGCCUGAGAGCAGAAUAGCUCUUUCAGAUAGUUCCAAGAGGUCUGGUGCACUGAAAAUGUUGCUGACUCUUUAUCUUUCUCACACCAUUUACUACUUCUGAAAGGCCCUUAGAUUAAAAAAAAACCCCUUUGCUGUGCGGUGUCUAGGGCUGGUAGUCAAGAAGCGCAGCUCAAGAAUUGCUGGGAUCCAGGCCCAUGCCAAACAGGGCUUAUCAAAUCAUGCCAUAGCAAAAACACCUUUUAGACAGCCCCAAUCUUUAACCUCUUCCAUUCCCCAGUCAAAAGUUCAGCAUCUGGCUUAAGUGGGGAAUGGUUUCAUGAUUUCUUUACAGUAUGAGCUCUAACAUUUAUUGCCAAAUUGAUCCCCUUUCGUACAUGUUUGCUCCACCGACAUUGCUCCAGGGAGUUACAGUGAAGAAACAAUCGCUCAUUGAGCAAAAACCAAUUGUCUGAACCUGCCUGCUUCAUUUGGUUAGUAAAGCCAAUCCAAGAACAAGGUUGAUUUGGAUUUUUGGCCCAGGGUACAGAUUCCUGUACUUAUGAUGUAAGGAUCUGUAUCCCUUCACCGUGAGCUGUGAAGUGUGUACUCCCCACUGCUGCUUGUAUUAAUGGUCUUGGUAUUUCCAGUGGUGAGAUCGGGCUGCUGCUUUUUGUGCUACUUUGCAACCGCCAUGGACUUGCUACAAUCUACUGACCUUGCCUGGCAAAUCAGCCCAAAGUGGUUGGUGGAAACUGACCGAUGAACUGAAUCGGAUGAAGGGACAGCGUUCCGCCUCUGAGGAACUGAGUUUCAAGGGGAAAGGAUGGUUGCUAUUGCAACACCGCGGCAAAGUUUUUUUUCCUACUGAAGCAAAAAAAAGUUUAAACCUUCCACUGUGAUUGUCGAAAGAUUGUUUUGAGUCUGAGGUGGGAUCACAGCUCCAAGGAAACUUGUCAAAAUUACCGCCUCCUGGCUUGUCAGGUUAGGCCUGUUGUUACUGAUUUCUUGCUGUUGUUUCGUCCUGUAAUUACCAUCCCCUUCCAUGUCAAAAUCGAGGCAUAAUUAUGUGCUCCUUCUCAAAAGGAGACUUGAAAUUUGUUACUGACUUUAUUGGUACCAGCCCUUUUCUCAGCAGGGACCUGUAACAAGUUACAUCCAUCUCCUGUCCUCCGUUUUAAAUUCCCAACAUCCUGUGAGGUAAAUUAAGGUGUCAAUGUGUGACUUGUUCAAGGUCGCCCAGCAGAGUAGGGAUUCAAAUGUGGGCGUCCCAGAUCCACAUCUGACACUCUGACUGUUGGUUCCUUGAUAAAACUGGGCCUGUGAGUGCCCAUUUUGAGUAAUUUUAGAUCCUUGCCUACAAAUCUAAGGUUCCAGCAGGUGGGCACAGAGUCAGUACAAGUUUGAUAAAUCUUUAAAGUGGGGAAAGAGACAAAGAAAUCAUAAAUAUGGCUGGACCUAUUUGUUGCCUGAAGUGGAGAAACCAAAUGACACUCCUCUUUCGCUCUAAUAAGCAGGGGAUACAAUCCCUCUGUGCCAACUCCACUGAAAUGAAUAUUCAGUUCUUUUUCCGUGAGUCUUACACAAGGUGUUCAUCCCAGUUGUGCCUCAUAUGUUAGAUCUUUUUGUCUCUGCUCCCCAGAACCUAAAAGCACCCAUUGUUCAAUGCCUGAGGUGAUUAUUUCCCCCUGUCUCAGGGUACAGCCAUCUCUACUCUGGCCACUGCUGUCCAUUUUCAUGAAGGGAAUGAUAUGUCCUGAUCUAUGUUAAUGGCUUCUAGUUUGUCACUAGAUUUUUUAAAUAGAUUGAUUAGUAACGUGCCUUGCUCUUAAUCAGUGUGCAUUCAUUAAACAGACAGUCUGUAAGCACUUAGAAGGGAAUAUUGUGAUCACUAAAAGUCAUCCUGGGUUUCUCAAAAACAAGUCAUGCCAGACUAAUCUUAUCUCUCUCUUUUUUAAGAGUGACAA